AUGUCUUCCGAAAACACCGUGCAAGAACAAAUAAAAUAUCUCAAGAGCCUUAAAGCAGUUCGUGAACGCGCAAAAAAAGUUUAUGAAAAAGCUGAGGCAAAUGCACUUAAUCACUUCAAAGUAGAUUUUUCAAAACUUGAAGUAGUGGUUUCCAAAGUAAUCUCGCUAAUUAAGCGUGACUAUAAACAAAUUAGUGACAUCCCGCCGCACGGUCGUUGGCGCCACUUUGAUGUCGGAGGGUGUGCACGAAUUCAGGCGCUUAUAGAAAGAUGGAAAGUGGGUUGCGAUACAUUGGAGAUAACGCGUCGACUUCUGGACCUGUUCGUAAUUUCGGUUCUAUUAGAUGCCGGUGCAGGAAAUGUAUGGACUUAUAAGGAACCAGAGACCGGUAAUAUUUACAGUAGAUCUGAAGGAUUGGCUAUAGCUUCGUUAGAUAUGUUCAAGUCGGGCGCAUUGUCGGCUUCAAGCUCUCAACCGCAUCAAGUUGAUGCGGAAAAACUCAUAAACAUUCGCGUAGAAGAUAUACGUUUGGCAUUUCAGGUCGACGAGAAUAACCCUUUGGAAGGUUUGGAGGGGCGCGCCGAGUUGCUUGGUCGCCUGGGUUAUGCCCUGAAAAGUCAUCCAGAAUUUUUUAAAAGUAAUGACAAUUCGGUGGGUAACAAGGUCGCUGUUCACUCUUAUAAGCAAUAUCAAUUAUUCUGUCAUUAUAUAGAUUACCUGUUGUUGAAUUCCACCAUCAACGAAACCGACACUUCUGUAAAAAUCGAUACACUGUGGACGAUUGUGAUUUAUGGACUUUCCGAAGUUUGGCCAUCGACUAGAACCUCACUGAAUGGCGUGUCACUUGGAGAUGUUUGGCCAUGUGAAGUACUCCGGUCUCCUGAAGACAACCCUGAUUCUACUGAUCAUUUAGUAGCAUUUCAUAAACUUUCUCAAUGGCUCACUUAUUCGCUAAUGGAGCCAAUGACUAAAAUUUCAGGAAUUUCUUUCGAAGGAGUUGAACAGAUGACCGGCUUACCUGAGUACCGAAAUGGAGGUCUAUUUGUCGAUACCGGUGUAUUGGCCGUGAAAGAAUCUGAUUUUGAACGUGGCAUAGAGUAUUACAAACGAAAUGCCACUGUUAAGUCGGGAGCAGAGAUUGUACCAAUGUUUGAGGUACAUGAUCCGUUAGUUGUUGAGUGGCGUGCCGUUACGGUUAUUUUGUUGGACGUGGUUGCAGAUAAGGUUAGAAACGCGCUUGGAUUAUCGAAAGAGCAAUUUUCCUUGGCACAAGUACUUGAGGCUGGAACCUGGAAGGUAUAUUGUGACAUCUUGGUUAAAUGUAAGGAUUGA